AUGAAGUGUGCAAUCUACUAUACUGCUUUGGCAGUUGUCUUUUCAGUUGUAUCGGCGAGGAUAGACCCAAAGAAUUUGAAAUGCUUAGUAUGCCGUCAAAUCUUUGAAGAGCUGAAUCAAGUAAUCAAGACUACUGAAAAAUGGAAAAAAGUUGAUGUGGGCAAUUUCAGAAUGGAUGCUAGUGGUAACACAAUGCAGGAUAAAGUGCCUGCUCACCGCUCUGCUGUUUACAUAUCUGAAGUAAUUGAUGGGAUCUGCAAGAGGAUGGAUGACUAUGUUCGCGUUUAUUAUAAGUCCACUGGCAAGCUGGCAAUCAUGAAGCUAAUGACAGAUUCUGGUGGCAUGAAUCCAGAGUUCUCCAAAACUAAAUUUGUCACCGACGACGAUUUGAAUAAGAGUUUGGAGUAUUAUUGCGAACGGAUGUUUGAAGAGAAUGAGGAUGAGAUUACAGAUCUCUAUAAGAACAGACCGGAGGAUGAUGUGAUGCCUGAUGCCGAAAAAGAGAUCUGCUACAAACAUACGAAUUAUUGUGAAGAUUGGAUGAUUCCCAACAAGGAAGACACAACCUGGACCGAACAGAUGGAGAGCGAGUAUGUUAAGAUUCACGGACCGGAUCCUUAUGGAUUCGGCGGUUUUGGCGCGGGGGGCGGGGCGCCCAGUUUCGGCGCCGACGAUAUAGAAGAGGAAGAUCUCGAAGAAGACGAUAUGCCAGAACCCAAAGACGAGCUGUAA